AACCGCGAGUUACGUUGCAGAGGUUGCCAGUCCUUACAAAAGCUUCUUUUCCUCCACCUCUUCCUCCUCUUCCCCUCUCUCUGUCGUCUGCUUUACUUGCAGACGGUUCUUCACCGCGAGCGGGAACCAUUCCAAAAUGAUGCAAUCAUUGUUUGAAGCUUCGAAAAACAGCCCGUUUUUGAGCCCGAUCACGGCUCAAUGCGAGGCCAAUCAACUUGUUAAGGGAAGAUCAAUUUCUGCUGCUGCCGUCGCCGAAGGAGACAGUUGCGAGUUUGGUUCCAACAAAUACUUUGCACUAUGCGCCCUGGGUGGUAUUCUAUCCUGUGGUAUUACCCACACAAUGAUUGUCCCUCUUGAUUUGGUCAAGUGCCGUUUGCAAGUCGACCCAGCAAAAUACAAGACCCUUGUUAAUGGAUUUAAGGUAACAAUAGCUGAAGAUGGAGCCCGAGGUCUUGCCAAGGGCUGGGCCCCCACCUUGAUUGGAUAUUCCCUUCAGGGUAUGUGCAAAUUCGGCCUCUAUGAAUACUUCAAGGUAGCUUAUUCUAACGCUAUUGGAGAAGAGAACGCAUACACCUACAGAACAUUAUUGUACCUUAGCGCUUCUGCUACUGCAGAGUUCUUUGCUGAUUUUGCUCUCAGCCCUUGGGAAGCUUGCAAGGUUCGUAUCCAGACAAUGCCUGGUUUCUCCAACACACUCCGUGGAGCCAUCCCCAUUAUCAUGAAGGGUGAGGGCUUCAAUGGCUUCUACAAGGGUCUGGUUCCCCUCUGGAUGAGACAAAUUCCCUACACUAUGAUGAAGUUUGCCUCCUUUGAAAAGACUAUUGAACUGCUUUAUGCGCAUGUUGUACCCAAACCACGAGCUGAAUGCACAAAGGGAGAGCAGUUGAUUGUAACCUUUGCUGCUGGUUACAUUGCCGGUGUGUUCUGCGCUAUUGUAUCUCACCCUGCUGACACUGUUGUGUCUGUGCUCAACAAAGACAAGUCAUCUACAGCAAUGGAUGUUGCCAAGAAACUAGGCUGGAAGGGUAUGUGGGGAGGUCUUGUUCCCAGGAUCAUCAUGAUUGGUACCCUCACUGCCGCUCAGUGGUUCAUCUAUGAUGCAGUGAAAGUGUGGCUCCGCAUGCCACGACCACCUCCACCAGACAUGCCUGAAUCCAUGAAGAAGAGGCUGGGCCUUGCCUAAUUUACUAUACUUGUGUAGAUACAGACUGCCUUCUCUUCUGUUCUAUUUUUUUGUAGGAUGAAUUCCAUGACAUGAUGCCAACUUAGUAGUGGUGGGGCUGCCAUUUUCAUUAAGGUUUCAUUAUUAGGUCAUAAACAAUACAAACCAAGGGUGGUAACUAUUUACCUGCUAAUUUUUGAAAUUCCUGAAUCCAAAUCUUUCUUCGUAACCUUUCAGAUGUUUAAAAUUUAGUAGGAAUUUUACUGUACUCAAAUCUCACUUUCAUCUGUUUAAUUUUUAAUUUCCUAUCUAGUCAGUAAUCUUCAAAGUGUCUUUUUUCAUAGACAGAUUCAUUCAGUAUUAAUCUCAAGACAAAGCGGUCUAGUCAGAAUAAGACGAAGUGUACAAACUGUGCCAAAGCCAAAGUGUUUCAUAAAAUUCUUAUUAUGUACUUAAUUUAAAACUGCUCACUCAUCAUUUUCUAGCUAAUGUACUUACAUAAUUCGCCUUAUGUUGCUUGCCAACCUAUGGCCCCUUAGCAGUAAGUCGAUUAUUUCUCUUAAAUCUGUUAAGGGACAUUUUUUAAUCAAUUGACUUGCUACUUAAGAUCCCUGUCUAUUAUAAAUGGUUUUUGCCAAUUAUUUAAGGUUUCAUUAAGUAUGAAAUUUAUUAUAAAAUUAAGCUUACAAAUUAUUUAUUGCAGCGGGCCUGUCAAAUCAGAAGUGAUUUAUCAUUUAAAAAAUUACUUGUUAUUUUAUUAUUGUGAUUGUUGGACUUUUAUUUUUUCAAACUUUGUUGUUAUCUGUGGUUCAAUGUUUAAAGUUUAGCAGAAAAUGAAGUCUGUUCAGUAACCAAA